AUGAACGAAUUAUCAUCCAACCAACCUGAUGCCAUUGCAGAGGGGAAGCCCGUGCCUAAACGAAAGAGAGUGACGUUUGCUUGGAAGCAACAAGUCCUUCACAUGCUGGAAGAGGAUGGUGCCACCCCGCACAGUGUUUCCGAAGCCACGGGUGUCAACGUUAAGACCAUUUACAGUUGGAGGGCUAAGAAAGAGGAUAUUAUUGUCCAGAUCGAUGAAGAAGAAGCAGCCACGAAAAAGGCAUCCAGAAAGGAGAGGAUGCCAUUAUUGCAGAAAAUGAUGGUUGCGUGGCUCGAGACCUGGCUACAGGCAUCCCCCGACAAAAGCCUUUGGCCGACUCAAAAAGAAAUUCAGACACAAGCCUUAAAGAUCAAGAAUGAGAUUCUAACUAGUGACUCUGCUGAAGUUUCUCAAGAAGAGAGAAACCAUCUGGGAUUUUUCAAUGCAAGCUUGGGCUGGGUGACGAAAUGGAACAGAAAGCAUAACCCUGCCAAUCAAAAACCUGAUCCUGUUGUGAAUGUCGAGAGAAUGAUUCCGCGCCCCAGGGUGGAAGUGAUGAAAGGGAAAUCAACAGCAGCAGCAACAACAAAGGAGGUGUUGGAAAGUCGUGUCGUCGAUCAGGAAGAUAUCACAAUAGACGAUAUUCUUCCUCCAAGUGGUGGUGGUGCUUCACUCUCAGAUGCUGAUUCGUCUGACGACGACAACGACGACGAAGAUGAGACAUCAUUAAAAUCUCCAUUGGACCUAGAUGCUGCCAGCCUAACAAAAGGUUUGGCCAAGUAUGAAAAAAUCCUUCGCGAGCAUCAGAUUGAGGAAGCUGCCGAUGCAUUGCAAGAUGCGAGAUAUGCCAUUUUUCGCACACGGCGGGACUUGCAACGAGAACAGAAACUUAAAAAGCGAAAGAAUAAGCCCCAACAACAAGCAAACGCCCUCGCUGCAAAUUUGCAAACAGCAAAGAAGAAAUCUAAACCUAAUUGA